UAUAUACUCUUUGCUCUUUGCGCAUGUCACUAUCGAAACACUGUCUCGAAAUAUUUACUGCUACCGUGCUACUUGACUGCUAGGUACGUUUCUAUUCUGUUAUUGAUUUUUCCUAUAUCAAAGCAAAGGAAACAAUUUAUUUGCUCAGUGUGUAUUUUUUUAAUUUUUGAUGAUAAUAUAAUUCAUCAAAAUGAAUAGAGAUAAGAGAAAAGUCGAGUUUGUGGCGGAGUUGGAAUCGCAGUUUAUACUUCGACUGCCAGAAGAACCAGCAAAAGUUUUAAGAGAACUUCUAAAAACAGGUGAUAAUAUUAAAAACCGCUUAACUAUACAAAUUGAUAAUGAUAUGAGACAUGGUGAAGUACGUUUCGAUCAUUGGCUUAUGCACGCUAAGAUUGUUGAUUUACCCACCAUAACCGAGUCCCUGAAAACGAUUGACAAUAAAAGUUUUUAUAAAACUGCGGACAUAUGUCAGAUGAUGAUAUGUAAAGAAGAACCUGAUCAAACACCAUCGGAGGAGGAGUCACCCGCUAAAAAUAAGAAAAAAGAUCCGUACAAGGUAGACAAAAAGUUUUUAUGGCCACAUGGUAUUACACCACCAACAAAAAACGUUAGAAAGAGGCGAUUCAGAAAGACAUUGAAGAAAAAAUAUGUGGAAGCUCCCGAAAUUGAAAAAGAAGUAAAGAGGUUGCUACGUACUGAUAAUGAAGCUGUAAGCGUAACUUGGGAGGUGAUUAAAGAAGACGAUGAUCAACUUCUGAAACAAGAUUCAACCACACCGGCCCCAGUACAAAAACCAGAGAAGAAGACUAAAAUGUCUAAAAAGUCUGCAAAAUCAACAGCCCCAAGUACAGCUAAUAUUUCUAAUACUGAAUCCUCUAAUGUGGUCGACAUAUUUGGUGGUGCCGUCAGUGACAGUGAUAUUGAGGAUGAAAACAUCAAUGUUGAAUUGGAAGAUAGCCGUCUCUCUCCUUAUGACAGUCGACUAUCUGACAACAGUUCAAUGGCUGGAGUAGGUGACCUUCACAAUAAAAGAGAUUCCUAUCCCAUUGAAUUUGAAUCACAAAUGUUCCAGUCCUCUCAUAACAAGAGGUCAAAUAGAAGUCGUGCUACAACACCCGCUACGUCGACAGUCACUAGAAGUGGGGGUCUGUCAUCGGAAGAAGAUGGAGAUUAUUCAUCACGAGAUAUGUCAAAAGAUAACAUGUCAUUAAGGAUUGAGCAAUUAAGAGAAGAGUUGGAAGAGUUAAAGCAACGUAGACAGAGAACUCAGAAUGAAAUUGCUGGUAUGGAAAAUUUGGCUCUAAGACAACGCUUCCAAGAUAUUUUACAUACAUUGAAUCAGGAUGUUAUGUAUAAAGAAAUGGAAUAUCAAGGACUUAUUACAUUACAGAACUCUGAAGAUAUAUGA